AUGGCGCCAACCAAUUGGGAGUUUGCCGGUCUUAUUACACAUUAUUUUCGUCUUGCAUCUGUCUGGACUCCCGAACGUCCCAGGCUUCCCCUUAUCGACGCACCAACUGUUUCUAGCGGCGAGCACGAGCAACAUGAUUCAGGACUCUCAUCACGAGCCCUGGAGGCUUUAGAAUGGUUCAAGGAGACGUAUAAAGAGCAGCUAGGGAGAAUUUCUGAACCUGGGGGAGAUAAUGGAAUCAAUGCUGUUGACAUGAUGACAGCUGAGAAUUGGCUGUGUCGUGACGAGUUGGUAACCAUCUAUCGAGAAUCUGUUCAGCGUGUCCUUGCUGCACAUCAUCUAUCGUAUGCCCCCGGGUUUGGAGGAGAUCCCGCCCUCCUGCUCGCAGCGGCUAGAUUCUACAAUGCAUUCUUCAAGCCGACAUCCCCAGUGCUACCAGAACACAUUGUUGCUGGAGCAGGAUGUAGCUCUCUACUAGCAAGCCUGAUGCAUGAUCUGUGCGGGCCGGGCGAGGGUGUACUGGUUGAGGUGCCUUAUUGGGGUGGCUUCGAGAUGGAAUGCAUUAUGCGUGCACAGGUGCAGAUGGUUCCUGUAGAUACUACAGCCUACUACUCGUCUCCCGAGCGCAACCCUGAAAAACUCGUUGCAUGCUACGGACGAGCUAUGCAAAUGGGGAAAUCGCCGGUCAGAGUGUUGUUACUCUGCAAUCCGCACAACCCCCGCGGCCAGUUACUUUCGGUCGCCGAAUUGCAAGCUCUCAUCGAUUUUUGCCACCAGCAUCGCCUGCACCUUGUCAGUGACGAAAUAUACGGCCUUUCCACAUUCGGAUCCAAGUCGGUACCGUCGCCGACGGGCCGACAAUACACUCCCGUCACGAGCAGCUUCACCUCGGUGAUGAGGUUGAACGUACCAGAUCCCAGUCGUAUCCAUACACUGCAUGGGAUUAGCAAGGAUCUCGGCAGUAGUGGUCUUCGUCUCGGCUUCAUCGUGACCCAGGCCAACCCUUUGCUUCGCAUGUCGCUAGCCAUCUCUAACCAUGCCAAAGUGUCCACCAUUAGUACCCUCAUGGCAACCGAGUUGCUGGGCAAUCACGAUCGCCUGAGCGCGCUGCUUAGCACUAGUAAUGCGGCGUUGCAUGGCGCUGCCGACAUUGUCGUCAACUUUCUUGCCACACAUGAUGUGCCAUUCUACCCUCCUAUCGCCGGCGUCUUCGUCUGGGCUCAGUUGGGUCAUGGAUAUGUGCACAGCCUUGAAGACGAGAUUGAGCUGUCCAAGGCGUUCCGGGCUGCUGGCGUCGAGCUAGUGGCCGGAAGGAGCUGCAGAGCGCCACAACUCGGCUGGUUCCGCAUAACUUUUGCCCUCCCGGAGAUAGAUCUAGUUCGAGGCUUGGAGCGAAUAUCAAGUGUCUUGGAUGCGAUGCGUGACAAAUGCUGCCCUGAAGGGACGCGGAAGCUUUUGGUUGGUGCGUGA